GCGAUCGCUAUAUUGUAAGUACGUCGGGUGGCGCCGCGCCAGCCCGUCGCGUGCUAGUGUUGUGUCACAGCGGUGGGCCAGGUCGGUUUCGAGAUUUCUUCGUUCCGACGUAAAUCAUGGCCCUCAACUCGGACGCUGAACAGAAAUCGAACCUGGUCCUCCGCGUGGACCAGGAUUCUGACUCGGUUCUACAGUCAUUGUUUGACACAGUGCUUAAGCCGGACUCGAAACGACCGCUACAGGUGCCUCUCCGAAUGCGACAGCUUCCAAAGUCGUUCUUUAACCCGCCGUCAACCGGUUCCAAGUCGCCAUCUGUGUCUCACUCGCGAGAAAACUCGGCUGACUCGGCGUUCGGAUCGUCGUCCGCGACUGGCGCCUCACCGGUGUCGCACUCUCGAGCACAUUCGUCACCCGCAAGCUUGCAACAAACUUAUGCCGCUGGACAACAAACCCAACAACCGCCGCUACAUCAUCAGCAUACAAAACAGAGAUCUUAUGAUGUGGGAACACAUAUUCCAGACGAUCUCGGCCCUCUCCCACACGGUUGGGAACAAGCUCGCACGCCAGAAGGCCAAAUAUAUUAUUUAAAUCACAUAACAAAAACGACGACAUGGGACGACCCGCGCAAGACGCUGGCGGCGCAGUCGGUGGCCGGCAGCGUGCAGCACCAGAGCAGCGACGCGCUGCUGACGCAGGCCACCUCGCCGCAGACCAUCCCCAACACACCCGCACCAGCAGCGAAGAGUACAAGUAGUAACACAACGACGGAUCCACUAGGGCCCCUGCCGGAGGGUUGGGAGCAGGCCGCGACGGCGGAAGGAGAAAUCUACUUUAUAAAUCAUGCCGCUCGCACCACAUCCUGGUUCGAUCCAAGGAUACCGCAACACUUGCAGCGCACGCCGGCGGCGGGCGGCACCGGCCCGGAAGGCGUCUGGGCCAAUGCGUCCCUACAGGCCUGCCAGCAGAAGCUGCGGCUCCAGUCGCUACAGAUGGAACGAGAGCGCCUUAAGCAACGCCAGCAGGAGAUCAGAAUCCAGCAAGAGCUUAUAAUGUCGCGGCAGGCGUCGUCCAUCGUGUCGUCGCUGGCGAGCAGCGCGGGCGCGGGCAACACGGAGCUGCCGCUGGACCCGUUCCUGUCGGGGCUGUCGGAGCACCAGCGGCAGGAGUCGGCCGACAGCGGCCUGGGCAUGGCCGUGCCGCACUCCUACUCCAUGCCGCCCACGCCCGAGGGCUUCCUGGCCAGCAUGGACGACCGCAUGGACUGCACCAGCGAGGCCGGCGCCAACCUCGACUCCACCGACAUGGCGCUCGCUGACAACCUCGACUCCACUGACGACCUGGUACCGUCUUUACAGUUGAACGAGUUUACAAACGACAUACUCCUGGACGACGUGCAAUCGCUCAUCAACUCGACGCCGAGCAAGCCGGACAACGUGCUGACAUGGCUGUAAGCGGCCAGCACCGCUUACACCUACAAACUUUCAAAUUAGGUAUUAUAAUAUGUUUAAUUUAGCGUACUUACCGCUUAUAUAAUGUCGACCGCUAUAACAGUGUCGGUGACAGAACGGUAACGAUGGUGUAAAUUUCACUUUGAAAAUGACAAUUGAUAGCAUAACAUGUGUAAUGACUGAUGUGGGAUUUCAUGUGACGUAUUGUGUGCUUAUGAAUUAGGAUAGUUAGUUACUUUCAGUACCAGUACGAUGGCUACCAUGAGAACAGUUAAACCGAUGUGGAGAAGCCACUCGUUCGACAUGCUGCGUCAGCCUGUAACGUUAUUUACUGUUUCAAUGUUUUUUUUUUAAUAAGCUCUCCACAUCGGUUUCACAUUUCUAAACAAUAUCUGCUCGCUUUUUAUGCAGAAUUGAUUUUAUCUCUGUCUCUGCAUUUAUUCGAAUGAGAUAGGAAUACGAAAUUGUGUGAGUAUAAUAUGUGUUUCUACUUCGUUGUGGUUAUAGAUGUGUGGACUCUUUGUAUGUCUGAGUUAAUGACACAUACUCAUCGUUAUUCCUGAAUUAUUACUUGGCGUCAUAAGUAUUGGAAACUAAUUGUGUUUUCACUUUUAGCUAGGAGAUACAUGCUGACUUGUAAGAGAGUAGUUCUCUCGUCUGUUAUAUGAGCAAUAUGCUUUGGUGCUCAGAUUUGAAUAUUUUCAACCAGUUUAGGAAUGAGAUGAGCUACGGAACUAAUGCCAAGUAUCGCGGUAGUGAUGUCCUCGCGCGCUAGUGCGGGGCCGCGGUGGCUGCACGCCUUCUUUCGUAGCAGAAAGUAGUUGCGUUGCAACGCAAUCAUUCGUGAACUAGGUUUCCCAUAUUCUUUUCAUAGAGACUAUCGGAAAUCGUAUUCGGUAUAAACAAACAAUAUUUUAUGAUAUAUUUUAAAAUUAAGAUUGUGAUAACAUCUUGAUGUAACAGUGCCUUAUUGUGCCUUGAUAAAAUUAUAAUAUUUAUUGUUGUAAUAAUUUAGAUAAUGUUGAGAUAUUUUUACAAUUUUCCAUUGUCGAACUAUUGAUGUAAUAGUGAUUUGACAGAAAUAAACUACUUAUGUACUUGUAGAACGUUGUUUGUCAACUUACACCGUCCUUGUGAAUUUUCGAGAUUAUGAAUAGUUAAGUUUUAAUAGUUAAUCAGAAGUAGGUAAUUAUGUUGGCAACUAUUAUGUUUACUUAUUAGAGCGUUGGGUUGUAAGUGAACAAUGUUCAAACCUAAGCAAUAUUCAAAUGUAUGGGUGCAGCUAGCUAGCUAAUUAUAGGGAGUAAUUGGAGCUCGAAAUUUUGCCUCUAAGUGCCUUACUCGAAACAUAUUGAUGUCUGAUGAAACUUUGUAGCGUUAAAUGAAUUUAUUGAAACAGCCGUGACGUUACAAUCGGUGCCGACUCUCAGUUGCGAGAUCUAUGUUCGAUGUCUACUCUUACAUUACUAGUAUUACUUCAUUAUGUUUAAUACAAUUCAUUCAAUCAUCAAUCAUAAUAUAUCAACAAAAGAAAAUGUUUCAAAAUUUUGUAAGCCCACCUAGUCUUUUGAGUUUUGUAUGAGUGUAUUGAAUUCAGCUAGCUUGAUUGAAUAAUUAUGAUAAUGGAAUUAGGCCUUUAUUAUCAAAUGCUACAUUGAAAACUUUGCCAUAUUAGUAAAAGUACUAUUAUUCUUAUAAGACUUGAAUGUAAUCUUCAUGACGAAUAGCAAUAGAUAGCAUCUGUGUAACUAUUGUAAUUAGACGUAACGGUGCUGGGUUGAUGAUACAUAUAAUUUUGUAUUCUGUAGAUCCAUUUGUUGUAUACUUUUAUAUUUGUAUUUGUCGUGUAUUAAUUCUAAGAGUCCGUAAGUUUGGAUGCUUCUCAUAUUGUUCGGUUGAUUAUUGUUACCGUUUCCCUCCCCUGUAUUGUGAAGUCGGUCGGAGAGAGCGCCGCGCGUCCGCCGCGUCGACAAACAUUCCAUGUUGCUACAGUACACCGCGCCUGCCACUUGCUAACCAAUAAUAGCCUGAACAAUAUCUCAAGUGUAAACUGUAAUCAAUUAUUUCUAAGUAUAGCCUUUAUGAGAAACAUAUCUUUUCAGCCUGAUAACAGAUGCAAGUUUUCUAUGUAGUGUAUGUAACUACGUGUAUCAAUGUUAUAACAAUGAAAUUACGUGUCAAAGUUAUUAAUUUACUUUAAUUUCAUUGUAAAUAAUUCGAUAUUCUUAUAUGAAUUAAAUAAAUAUUUGUUUUAA